AUGUGCCAUCCUCCAUGUUGCCUUCCCUUAAUUUCAUUUAUUAUGAUCUGCUCUCCGAUUCAUCAAUGUGCCAUCCUCCAUGUUGCCUUCCUUAAUUUUAUUUAUUAUGAUCUGCUCCGAUUCAUCAAUGUGCCAUCCUCCAUGUUCCUCCCCUUAAUUUUAUUUAUUAUGAUGGUGCCAUCCUCCUUGCCCCUUAAUUUCAUUUAUUAUGAUCUGCUCUCCGAUUCAUCAAUGUGCCAUCCUCCAUGGUGCCUUCCCCUUAAUUUUAUUUAUUAUGAUCUGCUCUCCGAUUCAUCAAUGUGCCAUCCUCCAUGUUGCCCUUCCCUUAAUUUCAUUUAUUAUGAUCUGCUCUCCGAUUCCUCAAUGUGCCAUCCUCCUCCAUGUUGCCUUCCGCUUAAUUUCAUUUAUUAUGAUCUGCUCUCCGAUUCAUCAAUGUGCCAUCCUCCAUGUUGCCUUCCCUUAAUUUUCAUUUAUUAUGAUCUGCUCUCCGAUUCCUCAAUGUGCCAUCCUCCAUGUUGCCUUCCUUAA